AUGGAACAAGGGCUCUUACCCCCGGGGCAUCCCCCCAUCUCCAAAGACAUCCCCGGCGAAGUCUGUCCCGUCAUGUCCACCUCCGCCGGCGCUCGAGAAGCCGAACGACUCGCCGAAUUCGAAGCCCUACGCGAAAGGUCCAAACGUCAAUCCAAAUCCUCGAUCGGGGUAGGCGUCUUCACCUUGGGGACGAGGAUGAGCAAGUUGGCGAUGGUGCAGACCAACCUCGUAAAACAGAACUUGGAGAAGCUGUGGCCCGGGACCGAGAUUCGUAUCUAUGGAAUGGUCAGUUCGGAAUUCAGUGUGCACUUGGUUCUUUCUAUCACGGUCCUUUGAGGUGGUGUAUCAUCCAAAGUCGAUUGCCUUGCCGUACGACCGGCCGUAGAGGAUUUCCUCCUUCCUCCGGGUGGUCGGCGGCCAUCGAACGAUCGAACGAUUCACCGCCCCUCGCAAUUGGGCCCGCACAGAUCUUUGCACUCACUUCGACGAUACCCAUGCAUUCACUAUGCUCUGAAAAGCUCCUUUGACCAAGACUUCUUAAUCCCUCGCCCCACAGACAACAGCCGGUGACAAGAACCAAUCCCAACCCCUGUACCUGCUCGGCGGCAAAGGUUCGUCCCUUGCCCGGAUGCCUCUACACCGGGUCUAAUACUAGGAAGCUGAUCCACCUCCGUUCUCUUCACACAUCAGCCCUCUGGACAAAAGAGCUCGAAGUCGCUCUGAUGGACGGCUCCGUCGAUGCUAUCGUGCAUUCGCUCAAGGACGUCCCGACCGAAUUCCCCCCAGGCUGCGAACUCGGCGCCGUACUCGAACGCGAGGAUCCCAGCGAUGCGCUUUGCGUCAAAAAGGGUCUACCUUACACCUCGCUCGAGCAGUUCCCGCAUGGCAGUGUGAUUGGCACGAGUAGUGUGCGCCGCGUUGCUCAGUUGAGGAGGAGGUUUCCCUGGCUCAAAUUCGCCGAUGUCGUACGUCGUCGUAGUAUAUCUCACCUGUUCGAGGCUGUUUUUUCGUGGAACUGACUCCAUAGACCUUUGUACAACAGCGAGGACUGGUGCAAACUCGCCUGCGCAAACUCGAUGACCCGGAAUCGCAAUACACGGGCUUGAUCCUCGCCUCGGCAGGUCUGAUCCGACUCGGCUUAGCCGACCGCAUCACCGCAUCCGUCACCUCUCCCACGUUGUACCACGCCGUUGGCCAAGGAGCGAUCGGAGUCGAAUGUCGUCAAGGCGAUGAACGCGCGCACGAGAUUGUCGGUUCGAUCGAGCAUUGGCAAACGGGGUGGCGUACGAGGGCCGAACGGAGCAUGCUUCACGUGCUGGAAGGGGGUUGUUCGGUCCCCGUUGGGUGUGAAAGUGAAAUUGUUGAGCUUCCUUUGACGUCGAGUCCACCUUCGAACCGAACGAAUGGGUUUCAUUCCGCUUCGGCAUCGUCGUCGGAUUCGGUUCUCGAUGAAGGGAUCGCAACGACGACGAACGGGCACCAUGCCGGACAUGCCUACCCGCACAUCGACGAUCCCCACACCGCAUCGCUCACCCUCACAGGGACGAUCACCUCCCUCGCCGGGACGCAAGCCGUCGAAUUUUCCAUCACGCGCACGGUCCACUCGAUUCAAGAUUCCGAAGCGCUAGGAGCGGACGUCGCGAGGGAACUCAUCGCACGAGGAGGAAGGGACAUUUUGACUGAGUUGGGGAGACAUGUGAAAGAGGUUAGAGGGGAGGAAGGGAGGGAGGUGCCUUUUGAGAGUAAUGGGAGGGCGGCGGGGAAUAUCCCGCCGGCGACUUCGAAGGAAUGGAGGGGGGAGACGGAGGAGGGGUUCCAGGGCAUUGAGACGACAUUGGUUCAUCCGACGACGGGCACGAAUGGGAACCCCAAGAGUCCGCAUAGGACGGUGUUCAAGGAGGGGGAGGUGUGCUUGAGGCCUGCGGGGUGGUAA